AACGUACUCACUACCACUAGUUUAUGUGGCCCAAAGCUGAACACACAGCACACAAUCUCGCCACCACUCAACGGUAAUACCUACCUGUAGCUAGUAGCUACGAUCAAACACAAUCUGAAUUGAACAUGUCCAUGGCUACAACAACCUCGUCUUUUAUGAUUCUUAAAUCUCCAACUUGUCAUACCAGAAUUGGAUCUCUCAGAAGUUCCAAAUUAAUCAAGGUUCAAUCUUCAGUCCAAAAGGAACAUGUUGUCAUUGUGGGUGGUGGCAUUGCAGGCCUUGCAACUGCUCUAUCCCUUCACAGGCUUGGUGUUCGGUCUCUUGUGCUGGAGCAGUCAGAGUCACUUCGAACCGGUGGAACUUCACUCACCCUUUUCAAGAAUGGGUGGAGUGUACUUGAUUCCAUUGGAGUAGCAAAUUACCUCAGAACUCAAUAUUUAGAAAUUCAAGGCUGUACAGGAUGGUGGUGAAGUCUGAGGAUGGAAGAGAACUACGUGCCUUCAAUUUCAAAGAAGAGGAUGAAAGCCAAGAGGUGCGUGCAGUGGAGAGGAGAGUACUUUUGGAAACUUUGGCUGCUCAGUUACCUCCUGAUAGCAUUCAAUAUUCUUCACGGUUGGUCAAGAUUGAACCAAGUCCAAAUGGGGAUACCUUAUUGGAAUUCUUGGAUGGGUCUAAACUAGUUGCAAAGAUUGUAAUAGGGUGCGACGGAAUUCGAUCACCGAUAGCUAAGUGGAUGGGAUUUUCUGAGCCAAAGUUCGUUGGUCAUUGUGCUUUCCGUGGACUUGCCUCCUAUUCAGACGGACAACCUUUUCAACCACGGGUGAAUUACAUCUAUGGAAAAGGGUUACGCGCAGGAUAUGUUCCUGUUUCUCCAACCAAAGUCUAUUGGUUUAUCUGCUUCAACAGUUCAUCUCCAGGUCCUAAAACAACUGAGCCAUCGGUGCUAAAGAAGCAAGCUAAGGAUCUAGUGGAAAACUGGCCUCCAGAGCUACUAAACAUAAUGGAUUCUACACCGGAUGACACUAUAAUCAGGACUCCGUUGGUGGAUCGAUGGCUUUGGCCAUCAACAAGUCCACCUGUUUCUGCAGGUAGAGUUGUACUCGUUGGUGAUGCUUGGCACCCAAUGACUCCAAAUCUUGGGCAAGGAGCUUGUUGUGCUCUUGAGGAUGCAGUGGUUCUUGCUAAAAAGCUUGCUGCAGCAAUUGAUUCUGAUGACUCUUCUAUCGAAGACGCUUUUAGAUCAUAUGGCAAUGAAAGAUGGCCGCGCAUAUUUCCACUAACCAUACGGGCAAAUCUUGUGGGUUCGGCUUUGCAGUGGGAUAACCCGCUGGUGUGUUCUGUUAGGAACAAUAUUGUCAUACCUAAGCUAAUAAGGCUUGGUCCAUUGCUGGAGCACACAAAUUUUACUAGCGAGAGUCUACAAAGAUGAAAAUCAAGGCUGACACAAUGAAAGACAUUGUUGUGAUGUCAAGAGUUAGGGAAUUUCAUUUCUUCUCAAUCCAUUUCACUAUUCUCCCCACCCUAUGUAUACCUGAAUAUAUACACUCUAUUCAAUGAAUGUAAAGAAAAAUACUGUGUUCAAUAUACGAUAUAAACAUAAACUAGUCUUGAAAUUUUCCGAACGUAGAUAAGUACAGCUAGUACUUAUAUAAUUAUAUGGCAUUUUACUCAUUA